CAGAAUCUGCUCCACUCUGACCUCCUCCAGGCCGUAAAGAACAAACUCUUCACCGCCGUUGUCAACAGGUUGAGAGCCUGGCUGGAUGUGUUGGGGGAGUAUCUGAUUGUAGAUGCAGACAGCAGCCUGGGACACCAAGUCCACCCCGUCUCCCACAUGGAAUAUUCCAUCUUCAUGGACACCUCUGCUGACCCAGCACUAGACCCUGCCAGGCACAUGUCACAGGCCGAACUUAAAGGUUCCACGUUUUGGUUACGAGCGAGUUUUGGUGCCACGGUGUUUGCCGUCCUGGGAUUUGCCAUGUACAGAGCUUUGCUAAAGCAGCGAUAAUCCGACACAGACUGCCUUCCUCCUUCUGUGCUCUCGUGUCGCCAAACAAGCCCCCGCCUUCUUUCCAUGUACAUUAUACGCCAU